GAGCCUCUUCGAGGCCAGAGACCAGAGGACAUGGAGCCGAGCAGAGUUGCCAUGGCCCUGGGGCCUGGAGGCCAGCUCCUCUUGCUGCUGUGCAUCCAGACCCUGCCUGCCCAGACUGCCGACACCUGUCCAGAGGUGAAGAUGGUAGGUCUAGAGGGCUCCGACAAGCUCACCAUUCUCCGAGGGUGCCCGGGGAUGCCUGGAGCCGUGGGGCCCAAGGGAGACACAGGCGCCACUGGAGGGAGAGGAGAAAGAGGUUCCCCUGGAGCCCCUGGGAAGGCGGGACCACCUGGGCCUAGAGGAGAUCGCGGGGAGAAGGGCCAGCGUGGAGAGAAAGGAGACCCUGGGCAGCCUCAAAUGUGUGCCACAGGACCUCGGAACUGCAAGGAGCUGCUCACCAGUGGCCAGACUCUCAGCGGCUGGCACACCAUCUACCUGCGUGACUGCCGGCCCCUGACUGUGCUGUGCGACAUGGACACGGAUGGCGGGGGGUGGACGGUCUUCCAGCGAAGGAGCGACGGCUCCGUGGACUUCUUCCGGGACUGGGCAGCGUAUAAGCGGGGCUUUGGCAGUCAGCUGGGAGAGUUCUGGCUGGGGAACGACAACAUCCACGCCCUGACCGCCCAGGGAACCAGUGAGCUCCGGGUCGACCUCCUGGACUUCCAGGGAAACCUCCAGUUUGCCAAGUACGGGUCAUUCAAGCUGGCGGACGAGGCAGACAAGUACAAGCUGGUCCUGGGAGCCUUCGUCGGGGGCAACGCAGGAGAUUCCCUGACAGCCCACAACGACCGGUUCUUCUCCACCAAGGACCAAGACAACGACCGGAGUUCUUCCAGCUGUGCUGAGAGGUUCCAUGGGGCCUGGUGGUACGACAACUGUCACUCGUCCAACCUGAAUGGCCGUUACCUGGGGGGCCCCCAACAGAGCUACGCGGACGGCAUCAACUGGAAGUCCUGGCGAGGCUACAACUACAGCUACAAGGCGUCGGAGAUGAAGGUGCGGCUCAGCUAGCCCGCGGCCGCCUCCCCACCCGGGCGCUUGCUCACCCCCCAGUGCGGCUGCAUCCGAGAGCUCGGCUGUCCCCAGAGAACGGCGGGGCUCCCACGGUCCCGUGCUGACCCCUUGCCUCUCAGCUCUGUGUCACCCUCGCUCACAGCCCUUCUCUGCCAUCCGUGUGUCCCAACGCACACGCCCCAUGGCCUCACCAGAAGGAAGAAUUAAAUUUUUCAAGUGUUUGCUUUCUGA